AUUGCUAUCCUCGGUUUUCAUUUAAUCGAGCCGUAUUGGGUCAGUAGGUUACUGGUUCAUAAGUAGUGUCACCAGGUCCAGUUAGCAUCUCGAAUCUCUUGUAACGUUAGCACGUUAAAAUGUGGGGCUAUCUGGUUUUGUGUUCGCUAUUGUUGAGUAACGUUUUCACCCCAUCUUUCCAGUCACCUCAGAGUUCGUUUUUUAGAUGGUCAACAGAUGAAGCCAAACAAUAUAUACCUACUGAGAGCCAAACUACACCAGCAUACACAGAUAAACCUAAAGUGGACAUUGGACAAAGUUUGCAAUUCCCUGUUAAAGAAAAACUUGCACAGGAAUUGAUGCCUUCAAUACCUGUUAAUUUAUCUGAUUCUGAACAGGGAGAAAAUUUAAAAUUGCCGAAUACGACAUUGCCUGUCAAAGGCAAUUUAACAUCCGGAUUGAAAAAUUAUAUUGGUGACGAAGUAAGCUCAUUUCUUGCAACCAGCGUAGUCUUUUUAGGAGCUGUACUAGGUCGAGAGGGAUGCGAGCUGAAAGCUGCAUGCUUAGUUGGGUCAUUAGUACCACCUUUACAGGGAAGGGAUAUAGCUGUAAUUGCAGCAGAACCAAUUAUACCUGAGGUCUGGAAGAUGUUGUAUGAAGCUGCCAAAUCAAGUAUUAUUCAAGGUCAAGAUUGCAGUCAGUAUAAUUGUGUAUGAUUUCUGUGUUUAUUUAAUUUAAUAUGAAAGAGUACUUAUCGAUGUU